AUGCUGAUGGUCGUUAUGUGCUGUGAGCCUUACGAGUUGGCAACCAACAUCAUCAAGACGUGGGCUGAGAGUGCUGCUAACAAGAGUCUACCGAUAUAUGGUGACACGAGAGUGAUGAUGGAUAUGCUGGGCCUGGAGUUCCCGUUGCAACCUGCCUCCUUUUUCCAGACGAACGUGGUUAUGUGCAAGAAACUGUAUAUAAUGGCAGUACGCCUAGCUCUCACUGGGUCUCCAGAUGGGGACGAUUUACCAAAAUUGGAGGAACUGGAUUCGGCUAAAAUGCCGGCAGCAGUAGUAGACGUAUGCUCAGGGGUGGGAACCAUAACUCAGGUUUUCGCCUGCAUCCUGGGGCCUAAACCCGAUGGGAAGCCUCGGGUGUAUGGUCUGGAGCUCGUCCCGGAUGCUGUAGAGGAUGCGAAGGCGUCGGCUAGGGCUAAUAAGUUGGACAGCUCAGUGAGGUUCAUUGCAGGAAGAGCCGAGGAGACCAUCGAGGAUGUGAUCAAGGAAGCAUGCUCGGAUAUCCAGGGAGAUCAGAAGUUGACGGUUAUAGUAGACCCGCCAAGGUCAGGACUGCAUCCCAAUGUACUCCGAUGCCUAAGACGGUGCUCAUUCAUAAACAGAAUUGUCUAUGUAUCGUGCAAUCCGGAUACACUGAGCCGAGAUGUUAUACAACUUACGAAGCCGGAAGCUGAUUAUACUGCGGCAGGCGGGCAAGAAGGCAUGAAAGAAGAGGGCGGAAUUCUCGUGCCGAAAAUUAUUGUGCCAAUUGAUAUGUUCCCUCACACGUACCACUGCGAGGCGAUGCUUCUGCUCGACCGCGAGCCACUGGACGCUGUAUUCGACCAAUCCUGGCCUGGAUCCCCGACAGCCCCGACACCAUCGCUGGAGGACUCAUCGGUAGCACCUGAUGCUGCGGAUGUGACGCAAAAGAGCGGUGGUGACACUACACCGCCCUCCGAUCCUCCUGCGGUGCAGAGCGGCGAUUUAUAUCAGGAUGAUGAUGAGGCAAGAAUUAUUGAGGCUCGACAGAAGAAAAUCCAGUCACGGAAGGUGGAUAUCGAUGAGCUGACAGCUUUGGCCGACUCGGCUGUUAAAAGCGGCACUCCACGGGUGGCCGAUAGUGAGCAAAGGGGACGCGACUCGGCCCUUAUUACAUACAAAAGUCCGGAGUCGGCGGAACAAUUGAAGAAAACAGAACGCAGUCCUCGGCCGAUGGAGUCAUCUAGACGGGACCAAAGCCAAUUGAAGAGUUCGUCUGGCGAGAAACAGCCGUCUAGGCGAGCUGAAACGCCUCCUAAGGAGGAGUUCGUUGCGCCGGCUGAGAGCCCAACUCACAAGGAGUCACUCGAACGAGCUGACAGAGCAUCUGAAAUGGAGCGUUCUUCUGAGGAGCAUAAUAGUGCACGGUCUCAGGGUGGCGAUAGUGUACUCCCGAAAGAGUCGGCUGGGGUGGAUCGUAGUUCAGCUGAAGACUCUCAUGGGAAGGGAAGUCGACUGUCGAGGAAGGAAAUCUCUGUGCAAGUCGACGAAUCGACACAGUAUGAACAGCUCUGA